GCUGGCAAUUGCAGCUUUUCUGGAACGGCAGUCUAAACCACAUCCAUCCAGCUCGUAAUGCGCGACCUGCGACCUGCGACCUUCUGCUGACAAUCUCAUGCAACCCCCUCCCACCAGGGUUUGAUUCGCUCCUUGCGCUUUUCUCGAAUCCUGAAUCUCUAUUCCAUCACUCCCCACCUACAUUCCUUCUGCUGUCUACUCCGUAUUUUGCUUCGGUUUCCGUCCUCUUGCGCCCAAUCUACAUUUGUGAUGGUCCCUGGCACGGCCCCCGUUCUUCGCUGAUCACCGGCAACCCUACAACACGCCAGACCAGCUUAGGUAUGUUCUUGCACUGGUUCCGAUCGCACCUCGCAAGCAUGCAAUCUACUUCGUCAUUUGCAUGCGCUUCAACUCUGCCAUAAGUCACGGAUCAGAGUCUCGACCAACCCCCUACCUCUGCCGCUGUCGCAGGCUGGCCACACCCGCACCUGCUGUCCGCCACUGACACCUAAAUGUUGCCUUGGACAAUUCACCAGCCCGAAAAACGGAUUCGAAGCUGGUGGGCGCCUGAUCGGAGGAGGUUAUGGACCGUGGACCUCAUAGCCCGAGCAAUCUCGACCAUGUGAGCCCACGCACUACAGGGCCUUAUGGCCAUGCACCUCUCUCUCGCAUUACGAGUGCGCCAGAACCGAGACGUGCUCCAGAGCCUUUCCCUUCUUCCACCGAUCGCAUCCCACGAAAGCGCAGUUCGCCCAUGGAUCCAGCCUACGAGAAACCCCGACUAAAUACCUCCUGGCCAUCACCGAAGGUCCCUCAGCCUUUAGGUAGCUCUAGCCCACGUGGCCUCGUCGGCGAACCCCCAGACAAACGUGCGCGGUUAGAAUGGGUGCCUAAGAGGGCGGGGACAGAGGGGCAAGGGUCGACGAGAAGGACAGACUACACAGUAUGUGCUUCGGCUUCAAACAAAUCUCUGGAUGUGCUGGAUGUGUCAAACUGACAUGCGCUUUGCCGCCAGAUGAGCCCUCCUAACUACCAGCCUGACCUUCUGCCACGACCACCACAACCACCGCCGCCUCCACAUGCAAAUCCUGGAACUCCGUCUCGGUCUACCAUCGGAUCCUGCGGGAAUUGUUCAGAGGCGGAAUCACUGCUUGCGGAUUUGGUUACAAGUUUCAUUGACUUGCAGUCUGAAAUAUUCCAGGUUCUGGGUCUUCCGUCAGAUCAGCGGAACCCGGUAGAGUCAAUCAGGCAGGAUUUGACUAAGCUAGGACUAAGACAGUCUCUUGCAUGGGCAGUCACCGAGGUUCGGCACACAAUUCGCCUCGUUCACGAACAUGGGACCAGUCGUCCGGGUUUACCCCCCUUGUCCGACGUGGUUUCGUCCCCAUUUGUGCAACCCAUACGACGACUGUCCGGACACAGCCAAUCUUCUAGCGCCCCUUCUUCUAUAAAGGAUCACCGCCGCAUACCUCUCCACCUGGAGCCUCCUCGGGGAGAAGACUACUCACGCAGGCCUAUCGACCACACCGACCAAAUGCCUCGACCGUUUGAACAGACUUUGCCCUCCAUACUACAGGGUGAAGAGUUCAAGCACACGCAGCCUUACGAGCAAUCCCUACCAGGGCUGACUGGUCAGUCGCCACAUCCGUCGUCGACUUCGUCGAUAUUUACCUCAGCCCUAUCUCCGUUCCAAUCUCAACCCUCGAGCAAGACGCUCCCAUCUCCACCAGGGGGCCAUUACCCCCGAACAGCAAGUUCGGGAUCAGUUCAAUACUCGCCGACUACUAGCCAGUCCGCUCAUAAUAGCCAUCUGCAAGAUCUCCAACAUCAGAUAUCGACCAAGACGUUAGCACUACAGACACUGCAACGGGAACACGACCAAUUACUCUCGGCGUUUUCGAGGUCACAAAUCCGAUGUGCAGCUCUGGACAAGAAGUCCCAGGUGUCGGAUCAUGAGAUCAACACUUUGAGUGAAGACAAGAUUCGCCUUCAGCAACAGGUAGAAAGCCUGGAGGGUCAAGUGCAGGGCUUGAUCAAAGCACGCGACGAAAUCAUUCAACAAUCCACAGCAGACGGGACACAGUGGAGACAGAUCAUGGCCAUGUCAUCACAAUUGCAGAUCAAAGGCGCUGAAGACGCCAAGCGCUUUAAAGCGGAGAGAGAUGCCUGGGGUGACGAACGUGCAGCGUUGCAGAAACGCAUUGAAGAGCUGGAGUCCGGCAAGACGAUCCUCCCCGAGGCACACAGGGUAUCUGAUUCCCCAACGCCAGUGGAAAAAGAUUCAAUUCUGAGUUCAGAUUCGGUCGAGGUGCUUCGAGAAGAGGUGGUCAGAUUGAGGCGCCGUUGCGUUGAAUUGGAACUCAAGCUGCAGAACCUCGCUGGCGAAGCAGAACAGAUCGAUAAUGCUAUCAGCGCUAUGGAGAACCUACGACGGACCCUUGCCGGAAGGAAACGGAGUUCGGACGAAACCUGAAUGUGAGGCAAACACUAUGUUAGAUUAACGCGAUGUGAAUGGCUUUGUACAAGUCUUAACACCCCACACUCUCGUCUUGUGGAUCGCCAUGUCAAUGCUACAUGUUCAGGCUACCUGCAAGCUUACCAUCAACAUGUCUGUGGCAUGCCGUCGCCGCUCACCACGCCGCUAGCCUUGUGAACCAAGGUAUCUUAGGCACGGCCAAUCAGCGGUAUUGGUGGCUUGAGUAAUCUUCAGCAUCAUGUAGGGCACCGGCGACGACUUUCGCCUUUGCAGGAAGAAGACGAACCAGACUCAUUCGUGCAGGACAUCGUUAGUAACAAGGCCAGGAAGGGGGAAAGGUCUCGGAACAGGAUAGGGUUCCGUUCAGAGACUCUACAUUGCGGCUGGCAUGUACGGAAUACAGCUGCAGAACCACUACUAUUUUGGGGACGACAGGAUCAUGUAAUAACACGACGGGUAGAUGCUGGAAGUUUUCAUUGCAUCAACUAUGUACAUUGGCUGUAGCCUCGUCGGGCGAGAUAUUGGAGGCUAUAUGUGUGGCCAGCCUGAAUGCAUCAAAGCAUCAC